AUGGGUAAUAAUCAUGGCCAAGUAGUAGCUGGUGGCCAUGGUCAAGGAAUUCGAUUGGAUCAAUUGAACCGUCCGACGGAUGUGUUGAUGGACAAAGAGACGAAUAGUCUCAUUAUUUGUGAUCGAGGCAAUCGGCGAGUCCUGCGAUGGCCUUGUGGUAGUGGCACAACUCAAGGAGAAAUCCUACUCGACAAAGUCAGUUGUUAUGGAUUGACCAUUGAUGAUCAGAGAAAUAUCUACAUUUCUGACACCAUCAAACAUGAAGUCAGACGAUACAAAAUAGGAGACAAGGAUGGAUCUACCGUGGCUGGUGGCUAUGGCAAAGGUAAUGGUCACAAUCAACUCGAUGAGCCAUACUUCCUUUUUGUUGAUCGACAGCAGACUGUCUACGUGUCAGACACAUGGAAUCAUCGUGUGAUGAGAUGGGAUAAAGGUGCAAAAGAAGGAGUUAUCGUAGCUGGGAACCACGUUCCAGGGGAAGCUCUGACAAAUUUAGCAUAUCCUCGAGGACUGUACGUCGAUACGUUGGAUACCAUCUAUGUGGCAGACACAGGGAAUGACCGAGUGAUGCGUUGGCCAAAAGGAGCGAAGCAAGGCAGUAUUAUUGUGGGUGGAAAUGAACGAGGACAAGGAGCAAAUCAAUUGAGUGUUCCUAUGGACUUGUCCUUCGAUCGACAUGGGCAUCUCUAUGUUGCUGAUCAUUAUAAUCAUCGAGUUCAAUAUUUUCCUAUAGAAUAG